AUGGACAGUGCGCGAGCCGGCAACCACGCACAAAGUUCGCGGUUACAACACCAUUCUAAAGACAAUUCGCCCUUAUUAUUGAAGAUUAGCAAUCCCGACAUUCUUAUCGUACUGGCUGAUUUCCUCAGUCACAAGAAGGGUGGAGUCCAGGGCGACGACGACUUAUUCCUGGAAUUUGACCACCUCCUUCGAUUUGAUCAGGCUGAGAUUGAGGACCAAUACUGGGUCAGGGGUCUUUUCCUCCUCCCUGUGAGUCUUCGACUGUUGAGCGGCAUCAAUCUCAAAGGUCCUUUUUUCCUCAGCACCAAGUAG